GGCCAAGGUGUGUCUCAGAGACGCAUUCUGAUUGGUUGGCGGCAGGUGACGCCCAUCAAUUGCAGUAUAUAAUGUUGUGUUUAUGGUCGGACUGUGUAUGACAAGGUUAUAGUAUUAUUGUUCCAAGGUGUGCAUACUUUACACUCAGGCAACAUGUCGUUCGCACGGAGGGGAAAGUUUACGAUUUGUAUGUGUAUUAUUCAAGUGAUAUUUAUUAUAGUAUUUGGAGUGUUCGCAGACUAUGACCCGGCAGCGAAACCCAGACGAGAAGAUAAGAGUGCGGAAAGUACGAUCGGCAUGUAUCCAAUGUUCCAGGAUGUCCACGUGAUGAUAUUUAUCGGUUUCGGGUUCCUAAUGACCUUCCUCAAGAGAUACGGGUACUCAGCUGUCAGUGUAAACCUCUUCAUCGCCGCGGUCAUCAUCCAGUGGGCGCUCAUUGUCCGCGGUGUCAUACACCAGCUUCUACAUGGUGAAGCAAAGUUCACGAUCGGAAUCGGGGAUCUGCUGGGUGCCGACUUUGCCGCAGCCACUGUGCUGAUAUCGUUCGGGGCGGUGCUAGGAAAGACGAGUCCCCUCCAGCUGAUCGUAAUGGGCCUGAUCGAGGUGGUGUUAAGUCAAAUCAACGAGUACAUUGGACUUGAUAAACUCAGGGCGGAGGACGUAGGCGAAUCUAUGUACAUCCAUGCUUUUGGUGCUUACUUUGGUCUGGCCGCUUCCCGGGUUCUGUUUUCGGAGGAGAUAGAGAAAUCAUCAUCAAAAGAAGGAGCCGUGUAUCACUCGGAUAUCUUCUCUAUGGUCGGUACGGUGUUCUUGUGGAUCUACUGGCCCAGUUUUAAUGGCGGAGCGGCCAGUGGAGACGAACAGCACAGGGCGAUAGUGAACACCUAUCUAUCGCUCGCUGCCUGUACAGUCGUCACCUUCGCCUUCUCUAUGUGUGUCGAUAAAAGCGCCAAGUUUGACAUGGUCCACAUCCAAAACGCCACGCUGGCGGGAGGUGUGGCUGUCGGGACCACAGCCAACAUGCCACUCGACCCGUGGGGAGCCAUGCUGAUUGGUUCUGUGGCCGGAAUCAUUUCUGUCCUCGGAUACAAAUUCUUCACGCCAUUUCUGGCAAGCAAACUAAAGAUCCAUGACACAUGCGGAGUAAACAAUUUACACGGCAUGCCGGGAAUCCUGGCGGGAGUAGCCGGAGCAUGCGCAGCAGCAUUAGCAAACUAUGACAAAUGGGGAGAAAGUUUAUUUGAGAUCUUCCCCGGGAUCGCCCCUACAUACAACUCGACAGAUUAUACCAAGUACCACGACGGCCUACAGUCGGGUUGGAGUGCGGGGUUAGGACGUACUUCACACGAGCAGGGUGGAUAUCAAUUUGCGGCCCUGGGCGUUACUCUAGUAAUAGCUAUCGUAGGGGGAGCGCUGACUGGCUUGCUGAUGAAACUACCCUUGUGGGACAACCCCAGAGGUGACGGGCUGUUUGAUGAUGGCGAUUUCUUUGAGGUUGCGGAGCAGGGUUUCCCCUCUUCCGGGGAAGGUGGAAUGAACGGAAUCAAGGAGGAUACUCGAAUUCACUUAAUGGAAAAAGAGUAGACAAGAUGUAGUAAGUGGUUUCAGUAUAUCCCCCGGGCUGGUGUGUGUAAUGUGGUAGUGUGACGUCACGGCACGGAAUCCUCCGAAUCAGAUACAAGUAAGUUCCAAGUGUCAAAACGAAACGAAAGAGUAUAGACUGACCUUCUCAGACACAAGGCAUGAAUGACAGCAAUUAUAUGAAUGAUAUAAAAAUCAAAUAAUGCAAUUUAUUAAACACGACAACGAAAUAAAUUCACUAAAAUCGAAACGAAGAAAUAAGUAAAAAAUGUAUAAUAGAAGUACAUC